CUUUCGGUAGCUACUCACACUUCAAUUAAACAAUAAUUUUUUUAUUUCGUUUCCGACUGAUUUGAAACCUCAUUCAUUUAAACUUUGUAUACAGAACUAACAGUUGUUUCCUUCUUGACCUAAUUGAUCUCUUUCUGACCUUCUCUUGUUUACACCUUUGGGAACCUCACUUAUAGAAUAAAAAGGUAUUUGGAACACCUGUGUUUAUUUCAACACCGAAAAAAAAUAAUAUUUAGAAUUGGAAUGGAAUAUUUUCCUUGCUCAUUCUAAUCCGCGUAUCUUUUAGCAUGAAAUGAGUUUAAUCGCUUCCCCCAUUAUGUAUCAUUCCCCUGUAGGAUAUGCCUAUAAACUUUACCUUGAAGGAAACCUUGCUUCCUCUUUACAUGUUUUAGAAAACUAUUUACAAGAAGACUUUUCAAAAGAAGGGAAUAUCAAUUCAGCAUGCAACUUGUAUUUGCGGGUCUCUAGUGAGCUUGGACAUUCAUGGCAGAAAACACAGCAACGGUUGAAACUUGUUUACGAAGGUGCAGUUCCUAGGUCACUAUUAAACGAAUUGGUAAUUACCUAUUGUUUUAACAAAACGUGGGAGUCGAGUGAACAGGUAGCUGAAUUUCUUUCACUGGCCGAGCAAUCAAAGUCUGAGCUUUUCUCAGAUGAUCGAAGAUAUCCAAUAGAGAAGCAGCUUGUGGUAUUAGCCUGUGAAUGGAAGUUAUUUCCUCUUGCUAAAUCGCUUCUCACAGUCCCAUACCAGAAGAAAGAGCAAGAUCUUUUCAACUACAUUUCUGAACAAGAGUUACAACACGAAGUUAACAGAAAUCUAUUAGCAGAAACACAACCUAACAUUGACGCUACUAAAAAGAGUAAUUUUCUGAUAAAAUUCAUAAAAAACCUAACAAGGAUAUACUCACAAAUAAUGCAAAAAGUUGGUUUCUUCAAGAAAGAUUCUACCUGGUUUUCAGGAAACUCAAAAUUUGUGUUCGUCGCUUUCACUUUUAUUGUACUGCUUUUCAAGCUUAAAGCUAUCAUUCGAAGAAUUCGUCGUUCUCAUAUUUCUUGGGAAGGAUUCCAAAGCUUCCUUGAAAAGUUCGCAUUCUUCAUCUCGUGAUCCUAACUCUUGGGUUUCUUUCAAACCAAGGAGUUUUCUUAACACGGCUGGAAUUAAUCGUUUAAGAAAACAAUAUAUUGCACCUUACAUAAUUGUCUUUUAUUCUAAUUCAUUUCUUAAACUUCUACAUACCUAGAUUUGUUUACGGUUU